AUGACCGAAAAUGCAAUACAACCCAAUUUCAAUAAUACUAUCUUGAACAACCAACCUUUGGUUCAAGAUCCUUUAGUAAUACAAACAGAGGAUGACAAUACCGAUACUGCGACUCCACUAGCUGUUCCAGUGACUGGGGAUACGCAAGGAAGAAAUACAAGCUCGAUAGACUCAUUUCAGAUCGAUGACCAAGACUAUGAUUCAGCAGAAUGGAGUUCCAAUCAACAGAGCCACAUUCAAAAAGUGAAGCACAAAGCUAUCAAUUUUUACAACCGUGUAAUUUUACCAAACGUAGGGAUUUCGCUAUUGCUCCUAUCACAAUUUCUAAACAGCAUAAUGGUUACGACCUGUAAACUAUUGGUUACGGAUAAGAAUUUCAACAAACCAAUACAUCCGGUGCAAAUCUUGUUUGUCAGAAUGUUUAUCACUUACGUUUGCUGCUUGGUUUAUAUGUAUGUGACAAGGGCGGUUGAGGAAGCACCAUUCGGACCAAAAAAGAUCAGGAUAUUGUUGGUAAUGAGAGGAGUUGUUGGAUUUUUUGGAGUCUUUGGAAUGUACUUUUCGUUGCAGUAUUUAAGUCUAUCAGACGCCGUUGCAAUUACUUUCCUUGUUCCCAUGGUUACUGCUUUCUUGGCAUUUGUAAUUUUGAAGGAGAGGUAUUCAGUAUUGGAAAGUGUUUGUUCUUUAUUAUCACUCGCCGGUGUCAUUUUGAUUGCAAAACCCUCAUUUAUAUUUGGCGCAGAGUCUGAGAAAGAAACUACCGACGAGUCAGUUGAAAGUUCUUCUUCUGGAAAGAGAAUUUUGGCAACGGCAGUGGGGUUGAUAGGUGUGUGUGGUGCUUCAAGUGUUUACAUCGUGUUGAGAAAAAUUGGAAUGAGUGCCCAUCCUUUACUUUCCGUCAGUUAUUUUUCAUUGACUUGCUGUAUUGUGACAUUCAUUGCUACCCUUGUUGUGCCGUCGUUGUCGUUUGUCUUGCCUCAAAACGGCUACCAAUGGUUUUUGUUUGCAGUAAUAGGAUUUUCUGGAUUCUUUAUGCAAUUUUGUCUUACUGCUGGUGUACAGAGAGUGAAAGCCUCUAGAGCGUCAUUAAUGGCUUACUCAGGUAUGGUGUUUGCCAUCAUUUGGGACUUAACCAUUUGGCAUCACCUACCAGGUAUCUUGUCAUUUUGUGGUAUUGGCCUUAUAAUUGGAAACGCAGCCAUUAUAUUAAGGUUUAAGCCUGAGAGUACAGAGACUGAGGCAGCACCUCCUGGCCAAAAUGACCUUGAGAGAAACGGUAAGUAUAACGAAUUGAAUCGUGAUUCAAUUGUCAUGCAAGAUUUUGUCAUCACCGAUGAUGAGGACGAUGAUGAAUCAGGUAGUGACUCAAGUAGUCGUGGAAAGGCGCCGCAAGGACAUUGA